AUGAGUUUCCGUUCCAACGGCUUGCCAAGACAUCGAAACGGAGUCUUCUUAAUAAUACGUUCUCGCGCAGCGAUCGGUUCCCAAGCUGCGUCUACACCGACACCUCUUUGGCCUCGGAAGUCCGGAUUCGCCAUGAGCAAACGGCUAUUACCGACGAAAGAAGAUGAUUUCUGGACUUUGGCAUUGGACGAAAGAUUGAAGAAUACGCAGAUCCUUCCUGCGGGUGAAGGUGUUGACUAUUUUAAUGCCACAACGCGCUCCAUGUUGUAUAAUAUACCGUAUGGGGAAAGCAUGAUAGUAACCUUGCCCCUCUCGGACCUCCCCAUGAUUGACGGCGCCUGGAGUCCAACUGGUUCCCAAGCAUGGUAUGCUUCCGCAUUACUAUCUGCCAUUCUUCUACAAGAAUCGGACGAGCGUAUCGUAGGGAUAUUGUGUAGGUCAGAGUCACUGUCAAUUCUUGAGUUGGGAAGUGGAGCGGUUGGGCUUUCUGGGAUCGUGUCCAACUUGCUGUUGAGCCGACGGCCGGGGACCCAUCGUGUCUAUUUAACAGAUCGCGAUCCAAAUAUUUUGAAGCAGCUCGAGCAAAAUGUCAUGCAAUAUAACGAACACCUAAGAAAGCACUAUCCCGCGAUAAAAGAAGAGCAUAUGGAGGUCCAAAAUUUGGAUUGGAAUGACGGAUCGGCAUGCUCGCGCUUAAAAGACUUGGAUCUAGUCAUUGGAUCUGAGCUGGUCUAUACGCUAGAGACAGCCAAAGGCUGCGCAUCUUGUGUACAAAUUCUUCUUAAAAACAAUCCCAAUGCACACAGAGGGAUUUUGGAUCAAUCCCAGUUUACAGCCUGUUUUAUUUCAACACCGAGAGUAAUUGGAUCCGACUAG